GUGGCAGCACUGACAGUUCUUUUGUUUAAUUUUUGUAGAUAAUGUUAUUGUAUAGUUUUAAUUGAAUCGUGGUUGUUUUGUGAUUUUGCCGGUGUAGUGAGUUUAACAAAUAAAACUUAAAUACUACAAUGUUCUGUAGAUUAGUGAUUUGGUUUACUUUAACCACACUUAUUACAAGCUCUGCCGCAUCUGAAGUAUUUGGGGAUCGUACAGUGGAAAUAUCAUUGAAAAAUGCUAAUGGUCACAACCAAAUUUCUUAUGAACAACAAUUCACUUUAUUUGCUAAUGAAAUCUGGACAUUAUCAGUGAGAGAUUUUCCUCCUAAUAUCAGCUUCGGCAUUCUGCAAGUACAUGCUUAUGCCUAUAAUAUAAGUUUAGCGUAUUCUCAAAAUAUGACCUAUGAAAAUUCUGUGAAUGGAACUAAUGUUGGAUUAAACAUUAAGGAGGAUAAUGAUCUUUACUUAUUCAAUACUGGUCCCUUUACUAACAUAUCUAUAAUGAUAAUUGUUACAGCAUAUGACGAAUCAGCCCCUGUGCCAGGCGGCUGUAACAUGGAAUUUCCAACUGAACAAGCCUCUUAUUUGCAAGUGUAUGAUAUUCAAAACUUACAUAAGGUUGUAGCUGCGCCAGCAUCCGUUCCAAACAGUAUUUGUGGCAGACCCAAUAUUAAAUAUGAUUGGUAUCAUUAUUUUUUGCCGAGCCGUGAUUUUUCAGAACAAAGUUACUUUCAAUAUCUGAAAGAUAUGGUAACUGUAGAGCAAAUAAUGAAGCAUGGCGCUUUGAGUACUCAGAAAUUUGGUCCAGCGGUAACUAGGUUGUACAAUGCAAUUAUUGGAAACGGUGUUGUGGUUGCCUUAAUUGCCUCUAUAGAAAACACAACUUUUAAAGCAGCGUAUGUUCCAUAUUUGACUUACUCAUGUAGUUUGGUGUUCUCCGAAAAUAGCUGUGAUGUUUUACCAACGACGUUUUCAAAAGUAUUGUGUGGUAUUACAUUUGCCUUGGGUUUUGCGCUGUGUUUUUUUGGAAACAAACUAGAGCUCCUCCAGAUUGCGGGAACUUGUAGUAUCAUUUGUGGUAUAUUGGCGUAUAUUGCAUCCACUGCAUUUUAUUUGAGUGUUGACGCUUGUCUUUGGAUUUCAGUUUUAUUUGCCACCAUCGGAGGUAUUUCAGCUUGCUAUUGCCAAUUUAGUGGUAUGAUAUUUCGACUUUUGGGUUUGCUAUUUUCAGGAUUGCUCUUAGGAUUAUUGUUAGCCAGUUCUAUUGUGUUUUAUUCUCCAGAAAGUCUUCAGUUGGUACAAUCCAAUGCGGCAUAUUACACUGUGAUGAUAGCUGUUACGAUUUUGGUGGCAAUUUUUAUUGCAAUUACAACUUGUUGUGGCAACGAAAUUAGCAGUGCUAUUGUUGGUUCUACUUUACUGUCGUUGCCUAUUGAUUAUUAUUACGGGGGACAUUUCCAAUAUGUUUUAAUUAAUACUAUCCGUUAUGCGAUCGUGAAUGAUUUCAAGUAUGCCGUUGUUACUCCACCUUUCCAAUGGAUAGAUGGCAUUAUUUCGGUGGUGCGCUUGGUUGCUGCUGUAUUGGGAAUUUGGAUUCAAUUGAGAUCAUUUUGCUCUUCCAGAAGAAAUGUACCAGGAAGCAUCAAGGGUCGUUUAUUAUCUCAAGGUCACAGGAGCUAUGGUUCGGACAAUGUUUUUUUAUCUCCUUAAUUUAUAUCUAUACCUUAAUGCCUUAAUGAAGUGCAGAUUUUAAUAAUUUCACUUAAUCUCAAAGCUCCAUAGUUUUGGUGAUAACUUCGAUAUCUCUAUAGAAGUAUGUAUUAGAAUACUUAAGACAUUAUUUUUAAGUAAUUAAGUAUAAGAAUAUACACAAGCGCAAUAAAAAUUUCGAUUCUAUUUUUAUAAUAUAAUUUUAACAUUGAGUUUGUUAUUGAAAUGUGAAGUAUGCAUUGAUCAAAGGUCUACUGAAAAUUUGAGUGAUUUUAUAUGUUUCAGUGGCUAAUAGGAGCCCUUCCAAAAGUUUCCCUUCUAAAGUAAUAUUUCGUAUAUUAUAGGCAACACGAACCUCAAUAAAACAUUGGUUCUGGCUAUUAUGUUUAGUUUUGAAAUGCAGAAUCGCACUUAUUCGUCGAGUCAAUUCUUUCAAUUAACUGAAAUUUUGCAUUACAGGUAGAACACCC